GGGUGCCGUCGAGGUGGGGGAAGACCUUUGCGCUGCUGCGGAAGCGCAUGUUGGGGCAGAGGUUGUAGCGGCCCUGCUUGCAGAGGAGACACUGGCGACAGGGGAGCCCAACUUCGAGGGCAACGCGGUCGCCGACUUUCAGCGUCUUCACGUCGGGACCCAGCGCUGUCACGACGCCGGAGGACUCGUGGCCCAGGGCCAUGGGCUCGCGCACGACAAAGUCGCCAUUGCGGCCGUGGUUGUAGUAAUGGAGAUCGGAGCCACAGAGGCCGGUGGCUCGAAUGGCGAUUUGCACUUCUGAUCCUGUGGGAGGGGGAGUUUGACGGGAUUCCUGGUCUUAUUAGCAGGUGA